AUGGCUAUGCGCAUUCACUGUCUACCAUACGUUAUACAAAUUUUCACUGCAACAAUUGCUAGUUUAAGCAUUAUGGUAUUUAUAUCUUUUAUCAGCUCCGUCCAUGGCCGAAUUCUGAGAAUCAAUUCCUCUGAUUAUUUAAUCUCUGAUGGAAUUGAUGAUCAAUCUUCAGCUGUUACUGCGAAUGAUGUUCUUGUGUCCGCAAGCACUUGUCAGCACACAUAUGGCUUCCUACCAUGUGCAGAAAAUGCUGGAGGAUACAUUUUCCAAAUACUGGUUUAUCAGGGUCUACUAAUAUUUGGAGAAAUGCAGCUGAGCAUUGGGAGCAAGGUGUUCUUUAAAAUCCUUGAAAAUCGUUUUGGCACAGGCAAAUAUGUUAGUAUCAUUUUCCGAAUCCUCAUGGGGUUACCAGCAAUGAUGAUGAUGAUCAUAACUGGAGUUUUCGGUAGCAAAGAGAACGCUCAGUCUCUGGUGUCACUUGGAGUGGGUAUCUACGCUGGAAUCACUGUCUUUACUCUCACGCUGCAGUGGGGUAUAUGCCUGAUUUUGGGCGCGAAAAAACCGGAAGAUAAAUCAAAGACGUCUGAGCAUUCAGAAUCCACAACUGAAUCUGAGACGUCCGAACAUUCAGAAUCCCAAACUUCAUGUUGCUUGCAAGUCAAAGAAAAAUUCAAUGAAUUAAAAGAAACCAGUGUUAAACUUCGAAAUGAAACUCGUAAAGUAGCUGGGAUUAUGCUUCUUUCUUUGAUUCCUUACAUCAUUGUGCAACUAGUUGAUAUCUUCAACACAUCCCACAUAGGUCUUUUGAUAGCGUUCGUAGUGUCUGCCGCAUCUUUACUUUCAUAUUUCAUCUAUCAGACUCUGGAUGAGUGGAUGCAGAAAUUAAGUUCAGAUUACAUGCAGUAUGAGAUUCUAAGAGAAGCAUUUUUGAAACAUGUGGAACGGUGGGGAACACUUAUUGAUGAGGAUGAUGGGAAUCCUAACUUUGCUCUCAUCAAAAUUCUAUUUGGUGAAACAGAUAAAGAUGGAGACGGAUAUAUAACAGGGCCUGAAAUGAAAAAGUUGUUUAAUAAAAUCAUGCCAGGGAUGUCCGAAGAGGCCAUAAAUAGAGCUGUUGAUAAAUCAAUGGAAUUAUUUGAUUCCGACAAUGACAGCAAAAUCAACCAAACUGAAUUCACCAGAGCAUGUGUAACGUUAGCUGAAAAAGGUGAUUUCUUUUCAACAGAACUUCAAGACGAGGCAAGCUUCCUAAUUCAUGCAAAUUUUAAAACUAUUCAUACUAAUGGAAGUAUCUUGUGCAAGUUUUAUCUGCAAGAUGUUGCUUCUAUAAAUAACUUUCAACAGUUUAGUCGGAUGGAAAAAGAGAAAUUGGAAAUUGAUCCAAUAAUGUCGAAAAUUCUAAAGCACGCUGAAAGCCAACUACUAGAAGGACCACUUAUCCAGGAAGAUGGGAAACCAAACAUUGAGAGAAUUAACAUCCUCUUCAGAAAGUAUGACAAUGACAAUAACAAGAAGAUAUCAAGAAAUGAAUUAGAGCAAAUAAUCAAUACAGUCCAAUUCGAAAAUUUGCACCCGAAAUCUGAGGAUGUGGUUAACAAGAUAUUUUUCAACUUCGAUAAAGAUGGUAGUAAUAUGAUUGAAAAAGAAGAAUUUGUCAACGGACUACAAAAUUGGCUUGGUAAAGCCAUUCGUGUUGCUAAAUGCUCUGAUAAGACUAAAAGUGUGGAUAAGUUUGACAAGAUUGUAUGGGAUAAAUUCGUUUAUGGACACACUUUCUGGAAUUUUGUAAAAUGUGUAUUUAGAAUAGUGUUGGGUAUUGUUAUAUUGACCUUCAUUGGAGGACCUCUCACGACAAGUAUCCUAGAGUUAUCAUAUGCCAUGAGUGUGCCUUCUUUCUCCAUCUCAUUUGUGAUAGUGCCAUUGGCAAUGAAUGCAAGAACCUUAAUAGAAGCUAUAUUUCCAAUCUAUAGUAGCGUCGUAAUGAACAACAUCUCGGGUUUGACAAUACUGUUAGCAGUUGUUUACGCGAAGGACUUGCCAUGGGAUUAUUCAGCAGAAGUGCUAACUAUUUUGGUGAACUUUGAACAGUUCAGUCAGAUGGAAAAAGAGAAAUUGGAAAUUGAUCCAAUAAUGUCGAAAUUUCUAAAGCACGCUGAAAGCCAACACCUAGAAGGAUCGCUUAUCCAGGAAGAUGGGAAACCAAAUAUUGAGAGAAUCAACACCCUCUUCAGAAAGUAUGACAAUGACAAUAACAACAAGAUAUCAAGAAAUGAAUUAGAGCAAAUAAUCAAUACAGUCCAAUUCGAAAAUUUGCACCCGAAAUCUGAGGAUGUGGUAAACAAGAUAUUUUUCAACUUCGAUAAAGAUGGUAGUAAUAUGAUUGAAAAAGAAGAAUUUGUCAACGGACUACAAAAUUGGCUUGGUAAGGCCAUUCGUGUUGCUAAAUGCUCUGAUAAAACUAAAAGUGUGGAUAAGUUUGACAAGAUUGUAUGGGAUAAAUUCGUUUAUGGACACUCUUUCUGGAAUUUUGUAAAAUGUGUAUUUCGAAUAGUGUUGGGUAUUGUUAUAUUGACCUUCAUUGGAGGACCUCUCACGACAAGUAUCCUACAGCUAUCAUAUGCCAUGAGUGUGCCUUCUUUCUCCAUCUCAUUUGUGAUAGUGCCAUUGGCAAUGAAUGCAAGAACCUUAAUAGAAGCUAUAUUUCCAAUCUAUAGUAGCGUCGUAAUGAACAACAUCUCGGGUUUGACAAUACUGUUAGCAGUUGUAUACGCGAAGGACUUGCCAUGGGAUUAUUCAGCAGAAGUGCUAACUAUUUUGGUGGUCUGUGCCGUAAUAGGGAUUUUGGGGUGCUCAAGUACAAGUUAUCCUUACUGGACUUGUUUAUUAGCAUUUUUCCUCUACCCAUUCUCCUUGGCGCUGUAUUGUUUUGUUCAUAUUAUUCUCCACUGGAACUGA